UCGGGGCCGCCGCGCUGGCGCAGAGGCCGAGGCCGGACGUGCGCGUCUCCGCGUCUCCCCGCCCGUGAAGCAGCCAAGCUGGAGCGCGAGGCGCGGUGUCCUGGCGCCCAGCGCGGGGCUCCCUGCACCGGCCACCAUGAGUCGCCUGCUCGGGAAGAAGGCGGCGGCGGCGGCGGCGGCGUCCUGCGCCCCGGGGCCGGCCCCAGCUCGGGGCCGCCGGGCCUGCAGCUGCGCCCCCGCCGCGCGCGCCCCUGCGCCCGGCGCCUCGGAGGGCGAGCAGCGACGCUACAGCCCCCUGCGCAUCCAGAUGCUGUCCCGGGGCCUCCACGAGCAAAUCUUCGGGCGCGGCGCGGCGGAGAGCCCGGCCCGCGAGGCCGCGGUGCGCCGCAGCGUCCAGCACCUGCAGCGCCACGGGCUCUGGGGGCAGCCGGCGUCGCCGCUGCCCGACGUGCAGCUGCGCCUGCCGCCCCUCUACGGGGGCAGCCUGGACCAGCACUUCCGCCGCCUGGCGCAGAAGCAGAGCCUGCCCUACCUGGACGCGGCCCACGCGCUCCUGCGGGCGCAGCUGCCCGCGCGGCCCCGCAGCUGGGCCCGGGCGCCGGGCUGGACGCGGUACGGCCCCGCGGGGCAGGCCGCACCCGUGGCCGCCCCCGAGGAGCGGGCCCUGGUGUUCGACGUGGAGGUCUGCUUGGCAGAGGGAACCUGCCCCACCCUGGCGGUGGCCCUGUCCCCCUCGGCCUGGUACUCCUGGUGCAGCCGGCGGCUGGUGGAAGAGCGCUUCUCCUGGACCAGCCGGCUGUCGCCGGAUGACCUCAUCCCACUGGAGUGCCCCGCGGGGUCCGGCGGCAGCCCCACUCCGCGGGACAGGCAGGAGCAGCUGGUGGUGGGGCACAAUGUCAGCUUUGACCGAGCCCACAUCCGGGAGCAGUAUCUGAUCCAGGGCUCCCCGACGCGCUUCCUGGACACCAUGAGCAUGCACAUGGCCAUCUCGGGGCUGAGCAGCCUCCAGCGCAGCCUGUGGGUGGCCGCCAAGCAGGGCAAGCACCGGGCUCGGCCGCCUGCACCACCCGGGGGCCGCAAGGCUGGGAGCAGAAGCAACGGCCCAGGGAUCUCGUCCUGGGACUGGCUGGACGUGAGCAGUGCCAACAACUUGGCAGACGUGCACCGUCUCUACGUUGGGGGCCCUGCCCUGGAGAAGGAGCCCCGCGAGAUCUUCGUCAAGGGGACCAUGCAGGAUGUCCGCGAGAACUUCCAGGACCUGAUGGGUUACUGCGCCCGGGACGUGUGGGCCACCUUCGAGGUCUUCCAGCAGCAGCUCCCGCUCUUCCUGGAGAGGUGUCCCCACCCUGUGACCCUGGCCGGGAUGCUGGAGAUGGGGGUGUCCUACCUACCCGUGAACCAGAACUGGGAGCGCUACCUGGAGGAGGCACAGAGCACCUACGAGGGCCUGCAGCGGGAGAUGAAGAAGUCCCUGAUGGGCUUGGCCGACGCCGCGUGCCAGCUGCUCCCGGGAGAGCGGUACAAGGAGGACCCCUGGCUCUGGGACCUGGAGUGGGACGUGCAGGAGUUUAAACAGAAGAAGGCAAAGAAGGUGGCAAGGAAGGAGCCAGCCGGGGACCACCAGUCACCCCCCCAGGGGCCCAGGGCCCCCGAGGAGCCUCCGGAUCAGGAAGACCUGGGGCCCCCCAGUGAGGAGGAGGAACUGCAGAGAGCAGCCUCGGCCCGCGCCCGUCUGGAGCAGCUGCAGGGCACCACACAGCGCCUGCCCAAGCGAGCCCAGCACCUGCCCGGGCACCCCGGGUGGUACCGGAAGCUCUGUCCCCGGCUCGAUGACCCCGAGUGGGCCCCGGGCCCCAGCCUCAUCAGCCUGCAGAUGCGGGUCACCCCCAAGCUCAUGGCGCUCACCUGGGAUGGCUUCCCGCUGCACUACUCGGAGCGGCACGGCUGGGGCUACCUGGUGCCCGGGCGGCGGGACAACCUGCCCCCGGGCCCGGCCGCUUGUCCCUACAGAGCCAUUGAAUCCCUGUCCCGGAAACACCGUCCAGCGCAGGACCGGCAGCCGCGGCCAGAGCCGGGCCUAUCUGAAGACUUCCUGCUUGCUGAGGGCAGCGCCCUGUGGCCCACGGCGGAGCAGCUGGGCUGCCACGAGGCGGAGACUGGGAUGGAGCGCUGGGAAGACCCCGACUUGGGCAGACCCCCGGCUCUGCCUGAGGCGACCCCUCGAGCCAGCCGGCCAGCCGCUCACCAUGGCAACGGCCCCUACAAUGAUGUGGAUGUCCCGGGCUGCUGGUUCUUCAAGCUGCCUCACAAGGAUGGGAGCAGCUGCAACGUGGGCAGCCCGUUUGCCAAGGACUUUCUGCCCAAGAUGGAGGAUGGCACCCUGCAGGCUGGGCCCGGAGGUGCCAGUGGGCCCCGUGCCCUGGAGAUCAACAAGAUGGUUUCUUUCUGGAGGAACGCCCACAAGCGGAUCAGCUCCCAGAUGGUGGUCUGGCUGCCCAGAUCGGCUCUGCCCCGUGCUGUGACCAGGCACCCUGCCUACGACGAGGAGGGCCGGUACGGGGCCAUCCUGCCCCAGGUGGUGACCGCGGGCACCAUCACUCGCCGGGCUGUGGAGCCCACCUGGCUCACUGCCAGCAAUGCCCGGGCCGACCGAGUGGGCAGCGAGCUGAAGGCCAUGGUGCAAGCCCCCCCGGGGUACGUGCUGGUGGGUGCUGACGUAGACUCCCAGGAGCUGUGGAUCGCAGCGGUGCUGGGUGACGCCCACUUUGCAGGCUUGCAUGGCUGCACGGCCUUCGGGUGGAUGACGCUGCAGGGUCGGAAAAGCCGGGGCACAGACCUGCACAGCAAGACGGCGGCCACGGUGGGCAUCAGCCGGGAGCACGCCAAGGUCUUCAACUAUGGCCGCAUUUACGGGGCUGGCCAGCCCUUUGCCGAGCGGCUGCUCAUGCAGUUCAACCACCGGCUGUCCCCAGAGGAGGCGGCCCAGAAAGCCCAGCAGAUGUACGCGGUCACCAAGGGUCUGCGCCGGUACCGGCUGUCGGAGGAGGGCGAGUGGCUGGUGCAGGAGCUGGGCCUGCACGUGGACAGGAGCGAGGACGGCUGGGUGUCCCUGCAGGACCUGCGCAGGAUCCAGCGAGAGGCGGCUCGCAGGUCGCGCAGGAAGCGGUGGGAGGUGGUGGCCGAGCGGGCGUGGACGGGGGGCACUGAGUCGGAGAUGUUCAACAAGCUGGAGAGCAUCGCCACGGCUGCGCAGCCGUGUACCCCGGUGCUGGGCUGCCGCAUCAGCCGUGCCCUGGAGCCCGCCGUGGUGCAGGGGGAGUUCAUGACCAGCCGCGUGAACUGGGUGGUGCAGAGCUCGGCCGUGGACUACCUGCACCUCCUGCUCGUGGCCAUGAAGUGGCUCCUGGAGGAGUUCGCCAUCGACGGGCGCUUCUGCAUCAGCAUCCACGACGAGGUGCGCUACCUGGUGCGCGAGCAGGACCGGCACCGCGCCGCGCUGGCCCUGCAGGUCAGCAACCUGCUCACCAGGUGCAUGUUUGCCCACAAGCUGGGCCUGGACGACCUGCCGCAGUCGGUGGCCUUCUUCAGUGCCGUGGACAUCGACCAGUGCCUCAGGAAAGAAGUGACCAUGGACUGUAAAACCCCGUCCAACCCCACAGGAAUGGAGCGGCGAUACGGGAUUCCACAGGGGGAGGCUCUGGACAUCUACCAGAUCCUCGAGCUCACCAACGGCUCCCUGGAGCGACGCCCCCCGCCAGCGGAGUAGCAGUGCCCGCCGGGGGUGCAGCCCCCCACACCCUCAG